GUCAGUGUGAAACAGCCCUUCAAGCCCAGCUGGCCAAUUGCUGCUUCUCCCUGCAGAGACCUUCUCAGUAGCUCUCCCAGGACCAGACCCGAGCCCCUUCCUUACCUCCCUUAGGUGUCUGGAAACACCCAGAAGAUGAAGGUAGACCUAGAACAGCACCUGGCCCGGCUCAACGAGAUCUUCGCUGCUCGGGGCGACUACAUCCAGACCCUGAAGUUCAUGCAGCAGAUGGCAGGCAACGUUGUCAACCAGCUCUCGGGACUGCCCGUGUGGAGGGAGGUCACCAUGCAGCUGACUGAGCUGUCCCACCAGACUGCCUAUGUGGAACACUACAGGUGGCUCUCCUACCUCCUUCUUUUCAUCCUGGACCUGGUCAUCUGCCUUGUCACCUGCUUGGGACUGGCCAGGCGCUCUAAGUGUCUUCUAGCCUCCAUGCUGUGCUGUGGAGUACUGACCCUGAUCCUCAGCUGGGCUUCCCUGGCUGCUGACACCGCCGCAGCAGUGAGCACCAGUGACUUCUGCAUGGCUCCUGACAUCUACAUCUUAAACAACACCCGGAACCAGAUCAGCUCAGAGGUGACCCGCUACUACCUGCAUUGCAGUCAGAGCCUAAGCAGCCCCUUCCAGCAGUCAUUGACCGUCUUCCAGCGCUCACUGACCACCAUGCAGAUCCAAGUUGUAGGCCUGCUGCAGUUUGCUGUACCCCUCUUUCCUACAGCAGAGAAAGACCUUCUUGGCAUCCAGAUUCUGCUAAACUCUUCUGAGACCAGCCUGCACCAGCUGACUGCCAUGCUGGAUUGCCGAGGCCUGCACAAGGACUACCUGGACGCCCUCACUGGUAUCUGCUACGAUGGCAUUGAGGGCCUGCUGUUCCUUGGUCUCUUCUCCAUCCUGGCAGCCCUGGCUUUCUCCACCCUGACCUGUGCAGGGCCUCAGGCAUGGAAAUACUUCAUCAACAGGGACAGAGACUAUGAUGACAUUGACGACGAUGACCCUUUCAACCCCCAAGCUCGACGCAUCGCAGCCCACAACCCAAUGAGAGGGCAACUACACAGUUUCUGCAGCUACAGCAGCGGCCUUGGCAGCCAGUGCAGCCUUCAGCCUCCCGCCCAGACCAUCUCCAAUGCCCCUGUCUCCGAGUACAUGAACCAGGCCAUACUCUUCGGAGGGAACCCACGAUACGAGAACGUGCCACUCAUCGGGAGAGGUUCCCCUCCACCCACAUACUCUCCCAGCAUGAGGGCCACCUACAUGUCCGUGGCGGAUGACCACCUGAGACACUACGAGUUCCCAUCCUAGCAACUUUCAGGGCACCUGCCUCCUCCUGCCAGCUUGGCUCUC